UGAACUUGCUUUGUUAUGUGCAAUAUUUUUGGAAAAUUAUAAGCAUAAGGGUGGAGAUCCAAUCUUUACCCAGAUUUUCUAUUGCAUCGCCAGUCAUCCAAACGACAGAUUCAGUGUAAAGAUUUUUUAAUUCGAACGCGGUAAAUGCCACCGCCAUUCCUCCGAAGACCUAAAGCAUACGUUUAGCAUAAACCCAUUUCUUCCAAAGUUUUGUCUGCUGCCACCGUUUCAAUUUCGCGACGCUCAGUUACAGGGGAUCUGAUGAGCAGAUUGCAGCUCUGUGUAAUUUAUAGACGUCUUGAUAAAAACUGAGGUCUUUGCGUGUGCUUCCCCUUGGAUUAGAUUGCAUUACUUAGAAAUGGAGGGAUCUGAAGAUACCCAUUUGCAUGUUCUUGAGUUAGAAUCAUCUAACCAUGGUAACAAUGUCAGCAAUCACCAAUUUCAUGCCACAAGUGCUUUAGAGAUCUUGAGAGAAUCUGUUAGGAUUCUCCGGUAUAAUUGUUCGGCUUUUAUGCUUAUUGCUGCGAUGUUAAUUUGCCCAGUAUCAGUGCUUAUUUUAUCAAAAGUGUUAGUUGAUCCAAGCAUUGUGAAGAAACUUGCUGUUAGGCUCUUGUUGGUUGCAAAGGCUAGUGGUGUUCAAGUAAGGCCUUUUAUCAAACAGUUGAUUCAUAAAAUCUCUGAAAUGGUUGUGUCCUCCACAAUGUGCAGUCCUAUGUUUAUUACACUGGCCUUGUUGUCCAAAGUUGGUGUUGCUUAUUCUGUAGAUUGUACUUAUUCAAAGAAAGAGGUUGACUUUUGUAAGUUUUUUGGUGUAAUUUGCAAAAUUUGGAGGCGGCCUGUGAAAACAUAUUUGUGGGUGUGUAUGGUGAUUUUUGGUUGUCUCACAACAUUCUUUGUGCUUCUUGUUGCUGUGUGUAGUUCACUUUCUGUCGUUGGGUUUACAUCUGAUUUAAUUGGGUGUGUGGCUCUAAUUGUGGGGUUGGUGUUUUCAGUAGUUUUUGCAAUUGCUAUUAUCAUCUGUAAUACUGGAAUUGUUGUCUCUGUGUUGGAGAAUGUGUCAGGGGCACAGGCAUUGCUAAAGUCAGGGUAUUUGAUUAAGGGCCAAACUCAGGUGGGUCUAGUGAUAUUUUUAGGAUCAACAAUUGGGAUGGCAUUUAUUGAGUGGUUAUUUGAGCAUAGGGUCAUCACUUUGAGCUAUGGAGAUGGAUCUUCGAGGUUAUGGGAAGGGCCUCUUUUGGUGAUAAUGUAUUCAUUUGUGGUGCUUAUCGAUUCCAUGAUGAAUGCAAUUUUCUACUUCAGUUGCAAAUUUUAUAGUACAGAAGCCUCUAUUGCUGAAUGUCAGUCAAUUUUAAAUAUUGAAGCCAUUUCAGAUGGACCAACUGGUAACAAAUAUUGACAUCUUGCAGUUUGGCUUGUUGUCCAUGGAACUUUCUUCUCAGCUAAAAUAUGGAGAUGGGAAAUUUGAUGAAGAAAUGCUGACUUCUUGGUUGGUCAUGAUUCAUUUUGAUGAGGAGUUGUGUCUAAUACAUUGGUAGAGCUCAGAAUACAAGAUUUUGUGGCAGGUGAUAUGCUUGUUACUUUCAACUCCAUUGUAGAUACCUCGUUUAAUGGCUCAAGUUGGUUUUUCAUCUGUCUGCAAGUGGACAAUAAGAAAAGGCAUAUGGAGUUGAAUGUUGAAUAAUUCCAAAAUUAAGGGAAAAUGCAGGAUUUCUCGAUGGAAAAUUUCUGGAAAUUUUUGUUUGUUUUUCUAGUGGUUGGUCAUUGUAGUUUCUAUUAGCUUCCUGUGAAAGAUUCAUACCCCGGUACUAGUUUCAGAUUAAUAGAGUUAUUUCCAUUUGUUACAACUUUAUUUGUUAGCUUGCUAUUGUUUAAUGAAAUAAAAACGUAGUAAAAAUUUUAGCA